GUGUGAUGAAUUCCUCUGUGGGGGCCGGCUGCCGUCCAGGGUCCUGAAACAGGAGCCCACCCAUCAGGACGAGUAGGAGGGUGAUGAUGAGGAGGAUUGUGAUUAGGAUGAUGAUAAGGAUGAUGAGGAUGAUUACUCUUAUGUGCGAUUCCAUCUCCCAUGGUCCCCUGAGAAAGAGCAUCAAGGCGGACUCGUUUACCGGUUGAAUCCACCGUGACGCCCGUAGCCCCCCACCAACACCACAUGACAGCAAAUAACCAUAAAGAAACCAGCCAUCCACCGGGCUGCAGUCAGACCAGAGAGGAGGAGACCAAACCAGCCAUCCACCAGGUUGCAGUAGGCUAAGACCAGGAGAGGAGCAAAGAAAAACAGUCAUCCACCGGGCUGCAGUCAGACUAGAGAGGAGGAGAGGAGCAGAGAAAUCCAGUCAUCCACCGGGCUGCAGUCAGACCACCACAGGGAGGGGAGCAGAGAAACAACUUGUUUACCAGCGUGCGUCUCCCGUGAUGCCGAGAGCAGACGCAAAGUGUAUUCUUAAGAUCGAUCCGUCACUUUAUGGGCUGGAUCUGGCUGCUCGAUAGUCCAAGUGCAGAAAUAACGCACGUUCUCUCCGAUUAAAUAUUGAUAUAGUGUGUAUCAGCGAUCCGGAGCGGGAAUGCGAAGGAGGAGACGCACCACCACCACCACCACCACCAGAUGAUCAUCCUUCUCCCCGGCAGCAGCAGCCCACCACUUCGGGUCCCCGGCACAUGAUGUCCCGCCGGUCUGAGGGGGCUUCCAGGGGCUACGAGGAGGACGAGGGAGGAUGAGGGAGUGUGGAGCAGGAUCGAGUGUGGCAGCAGAGGUGGAAUAUAAUGAAGUGGAGUGGGAAAGGUCUGUGCACCAUCUUCUCCAGCACCCUCCUCUUCGUGUGUGCCGUGAGCGAAGUGGUGGUCGGAUUACGAUGCAUCUCCCUGGGCACGGGCGUGCGAGCGCACUUUCACCUGGGCGCCGCGGCCGGGGCGUUUUACUCCGGGGUGCUGGUGGGCUUCGGCCAGGCGCUGCUGGGCGCCGCGCUGCUCUGCUGCACGGAGAAACCCGGCUGCAGGAACUUCUUCCUGCUCGGGGUGGUGGUGUUCCUGCUGGGGGUGCUGACCGCCUUCAGCGGCGCGGUGGUGGACGGGGACACCGUGUCUCUGGUGGAGAGGAAACACUCCCACUACUGCCUGCACGCCGCGGUGGUGAACCCGGCGUGCGAGCUGCUCAAGGAUUACCAACGGUGUCUGGUGGUCUCCACGGUUCUUAGCACCCUGGAGUGCCUGCUGGGGCUCAUCCACCUGCUGCUGAUCAAGAGCUACAAGACAGCGCAGUUCUACCGGAACAGGCAGGCUCAGCGGCGGGGCACCGGGGCGAUCCUGUACCGCGAGGAGCGGGACUUUUCCUCGGCGGACUUCCAGCCGGUGUCUUACAUCAACUUGGGGGUUUUCAACGUGCUGGACGAGACAGGGGCCGAGGUGCAGUGCCGGGGCCACCCGUCCCUGGAGCUACCCGGCUACUCGUGUACGGACCCGGACCUCAACCUCUCGUACCCCUUCUCGGUUCCGCUGCCCUGCGAGCAGCCGCCCGCGUACGAGGACAUAUUCCCGGUGGAGGCAUGCACCAUAUAGGGGGGCUGUGUGGACCCCCGGACCCCCAGCAGCUUUAUUAUUCAGCUGUGUGACAAUCACUGACUGUGCUUGGAGAGUAUACAGAGAAGUAAGUUCAAAGCGAGGACAAUAUGAGGCUAAUUGAUUCAUCACUUUACUCCUUCUCACCAUAUAGGCAUAUUUUCUUACAUAAUCAGCCUCCCAUCCGACUAAUGCUUGUCCAGACAUUCACAGUAACUUUGCCAAUCGCAGGUUUAAGAUCUCUCUAUAUAAAAAAACAACAUGGUCUCGGUUGGAGCUUGCUAUUCGAGGCGGAAUACGUGUUUUGAAUGUCUACAUUUUUACAUGUGAAUAAAAUAAUUGUAUUUAACCCUAUAGAUGUCAUAAAACCGACCAGUUGUUCCUCAA